CGAAAGCAGAAGAGGCUGCAUUUAAUUCAUACAGCUGGCGACUGGACGACAAGUGUGCUGACAGCAAGACAAACCAGUCUGGAGGAGUCUGAUGUUGUCGGUCUUGGCUCACAGCUUCUUGUUUUUAUUUUUUUCCGCUGAAGAUGAACUUUGAGGGGUUUUUUCUCUGUGGAGUUUGUCUUCUGGCGGCUUGAGAGGAAGAGCUGAGCUGCUGCUCGAGAGAAAUCCCGAAAACAUGACCUGAAAGGAGCGGAUCCCCCAAAGAAAGUGACUUGAUGAGUGUAACUUAGUUUAAUGCUUCAGACACGGGCUACUUUCAGCUGCUUCCACAGUCAAAAUGUCCUUUUUUUACGUGUACCUGUAUGCAGCACCACAUCAUGGCAGCAGCAUGUUGCGUGUUUGUUAUUUCGCACUGUUUCCAGUUUAAAACACACUGUCAGAGUGGAGUCUAUUCAGAGUGGGAGGUUCUGUUUAUGUGGUGUGUUCAAGAGUUUCGGGUUAACACGGGUCUGGGAGAGUCGCCGUUACAUCCGUCAUUUGUCUUGUUGAAUAAAGCCGCAGACACAGAGUUCCAGUGGCUCAAAAUGUCUGCAGGAACUUCCCGAUGUCAGAACAUCUGAAAUAUGUUUUAUGUUUGGUUCUCAUUUUGGUUGCUCCUCACUGCUCGGAUUGUGACAGACCGAAGUUCAUUCUUCCUGUCUGACCUUCGCAUAAUUUCAUUUGAAUGGUCAUAAUCUAAAAUGAUCUCCAUCCUUAUUUGUCGGACUGUGGGGCAGCGAGUAACCUUGAUGUUUACAGUUUCAGUGCUGUAGUGCUCAGCUGCAAAAACCACAGCGCCGAUCAAGCUGCGCAUUUAAUGGCUCAUAAUCUGUCACGUGUCGAACACGUCAACCCACCCCACCCCUACCCAAAAAAGGAAAACAAAAACACUUAUUCGUUUCCAAAAUAAACAUCAGCUGUUCAGUUUUUCCUCACAAAUGUCGUCCGUUGCGGUUUUCCUGUGUUUGCUGGUCAUCCCGGUUUCCGGAUUAAAAGAGCUCAAAGUGAAUCCUGGAGAAGACGCCUCUCUUCAGUGUCAGGGUCCCAGAGAUGCAGAGAUCACCCUGUUGGAGUGGAACAGAGCUGACCUCAAAUCAGAUGAUUAUGUCUUCUUGUACAGAAACCAGCGCCCGUAUGAAAGCUACCAACAUGUGUCCUUUAGAGGCCGAGUGGACCUGAUGGAUCCAUCCAUGAAGGAUGGAAAUGUUUCAGUGAUGCUGAGGAAUGUAAGUAUCAACGAUACAGGAACGUACAAGUGUCAGAUUACAACCAAGGAAACAGAAAGUGUCGUCCAUGAGUGCUCCAUCAACCUCACAGUCACAUCCUCAGAUAAACACACCAAGGAGUUCCAGACUGAGUCCAAGGAUGGAGGAGAGAGGGUUAAGUGUCUGUCUGUCAUCAUCCUCGUCCUGUCAGUUUUUGUUGUGCUUAUUACUGAUAUUAUGUAAUUGCCCGCAGAACCUGAAAAAUGUGUGAGAUUUCUUUACUGACAGUGAGUUCUGCUCUUCAACAAAGACAAAUCUUUCAAGAGGAUCUGAUUCUGUUAGAGCUUCAUGCAGCGCAUUCAUAGCACUGCAGGCCUCACCAAUCAUUACAGUUAAAUCAGUUAAUGUUAGAUCAGUGCUGUGGGUUCCCAGUGUGGCUGUAAAAAGCUUUGAGUUUAAGCCUGGGUUUUAUGUUUUUACCUGUAGCUUUAUUGUUUGAAGUCUGCAGCAGAGCUUGGCUUUCCUCUGGGAACAGGCAGCAGGUGGAGGAGCAGCUGGUGUGCACAGGGGAGUAAAUGAUAGGUUGAGUCUUUCCAAAAGAAAAAAUCAAUCUAUCCUUUUUCUUUAGCUUAUCUGGAGUGGGCUAUGGGAGCACCAGCCUAAGCAGAGAAGGCCAGACCUCCUUCUCACCAGCCACUUCCUCCAGCGUGUCCUGGAGCCUCCUCUCAGUGGAAAAAAUGAAACGAGUAGGUGUUGUUGUAGUUUUGUUUGGGGGGGGGGUUGUUUUGAGAAAGACCAACAGAAUCAGCAUUAACAUGUAAUAUAAGCUAUAUAUAUCACAGCGCAUGUAGGCAGAGGUGGACGCAUGCAGUGCAUCUAUUGUAGCAAGACUUGGAACAUCUUAGAUUCCAAAGUAUAUUACUGAAUAAGCUCUUUAUUACCUUCUUCAAGCACUUUCUUGCACUUUUAAAAAAUAUUUGUUUUUUAACCAACUGCAGGCACUUUCCUCCUUUUUGCUGAGACCUUAUCAGUGGUUUCGAUUCAGAUGACCUCACAUUUAAGAUCACUGGCCCGGGCAUCUCUGGACUGUUUUCAGCACAGCUGCAGUUUUAAGAUCUCAGCAGACAUCUUAUUAUGUCCUCUUGUUCUUGUGUCUCUGUGAUCAAUCUUCUUUAAUGAGUCAGAACUCUGACUUUUUAAAUCAUUUUCACUUUUGGGAAGUGGACAAAAUCACAGGGAGGUUAAUGUGGUGAAUAGGGUGGUGGUCAAAGAUUUCACUCUGUAGACUUUAAUGUACUGAGCGACAGUACAGAGAGGGGCCGACACCUCCUACAAUUUGUGUUUAAAACUGACUUGAAUUUCAUUCCUGAGCAAUUUUCUGAUGAAGACAUUCAAAGACUGAGGGCAGGUUUAAAAACAGCAGCUGCACCUAAAACAGUCCAGAGGUUUCAGAUUUUUUAUUAAUCUGUUCUUUGAAUGUACUUUUAUUAUAUAUGUGUAUUAAAGUUAUCUGUUAGUCAGUGUUAGGGGACCAUGAUCA